CAGCCUCAUUGGUCAACAGCUCUCUUGAAUGAAGCGCCGCAGAAACGUGCAGGCAGGAGGAAGCUGUGAGGGCCGCCGCAGGGAGCGACCGACGCACAGCAACACGACUGCCGGGGCAGGCUGCGGUGGUGGUCGGACACCGGUUAUCUGUCGACCAGAGGCGGCUGGCUCUCUCCCGGAGCUCGGUGUCGGAGAGUGAAUGAGGUUGAUGCUGCUCUGCUGCACCUGGAAGGACGAACGCAUGGGAGAGGAGGAAGCUGGAGGAAGUUUGCCCGUCUGUGCGGGAUGCAAACAGCGGAUCUACGAUGACCAGUACCUCCAGGCCCUCAACACUGACUGGCACACUGUCUGCUUCAGGUGUUGUGAGUGCAGCGCAUCGCUGUCCCACUGGUAUUAUGAAAAAGAUGGACGGCUCUUCUGCAAGAAAGACUACUGGGCCAAAUUUGGGGAGUUGUGCCACGGCUGCAACGACCCAAUCACCACCGGCCUCAUCAUGGUUGCAGGGGAACAGAAAUAUCAUCCAGAAUGCUUCACCUGUCUGAACUGCAGGGCGUUCAUCGGUGAUGGAGACACAUAUGCUCUGGUGGAGAGAUCCAAACUCUACUGUGGUCACUGUUACUACCAGACCAUCGUCACCCCAGUGUCGCUGCCGGACUCGCCAUGCUCACGAAUCCCUCACACCGUCACACUCGUGUCCAUCCCAGCCACUGCCGAGGGCAACAACGGACGCAGAGGGCGCGGUUUCUCUGUGGCCAUCGACCAGCCACUCAGCCCAACCAACGGCUACAGUCCUGAACACGGACACACUGUCAGAGUCGCCCAGGUGGACGCAGAAUGCAUCAGUCCAGAUGUGAAAAACUCCAUUCAUGUUGGAGAUAGGAUCCUUGAGAUCAACGGGACUCCCAUUCACAAUGUCCCUCUGGAUGAGAUUGACCUGCUGAUCCAGGAGACGAGCCGGCUGCUGCAGCUCACCAUCGAGCACGACCCCCACAGUCAGGGGCAGGAGGUAGGCUCCUCUGAGGCUGAAGAGCAAGUGGACGGACCCCUGUCCACCCCUCUGUCAGAGGGCCCCAGCCCCAUCCUGCCCAUCACACAGCCCCCCAACCCCGACAUCAGCUGCCUGAGAUCCCGCAUCAUCACGCGGAGCUACAGCAUCGAUAAGUCUCCAGGCUCCAGCAAUGCAGCGUCCCCCAUCUCCCAGAGGAAGGACAUCAAUCGAUCAGAGUCGCUCCGUGUUGUGUCCAAUCGGACGCACCGCAUCUUCCGCCCAUCUGACCUCAUCCAUGGAGAGGUGCUGGGGAAGGGCUGCUUUGGACAGGCCAUCAAGGUGACACACAAGGAGACAGGGGAGGUGAUGGUGAUGAAGGAGCUGAUUCGCUUUGAUGACGAGACACAGAGAACCUUCCUGAAAGAGGUGAAGGUCAUGCGUUGCCUGGAUCACCCCAACGUGCUCAAGUUCAUUGGAGUCCUCUACAAAGACAAGAGACUCAACUUCAUCGCAGAGUACAUAAAGGGAGGCACCUUGAGGGAAAUCAUCAAGAAAAUGGACAUCAACUAUCCCUGGAACAUGCGAGUCAGUUUUGCCAACGACAUAGCUGCUGGGAUGACGUAUCUGCAUUCCAUGAACAUAAUCCACCGGGAUCUGAACUCACACAACUGUCUUGUUCGAGAAGACAACACAGUGGUGGUGGCAGACUUCGGGCUGUCUCGGCUCAUGGUGGACGACAAGCACGAGGAGAAGUUGUCCCAGGGUAAACUGCCCGGCCUGAAGAAGCCAGACCGCAGAAAGCGGUACACCGUGGUGGGAAACCCCUACUGGAUGGCUCCUGAGAUGAUCCAUGGAAAGAGCUAUGAUGAGAGAGUUGACAUCUUUUCCUUCGGUAUCAUGCUCUGCGAGAUAAUUGGCAGGGUGAAUGCAGACCCAGACUACCUCCCCAGGGCGAUGGACUUUGGACUAAACGUAUCUGGCUUCCUGGAGCACUACUGUCCCCCAAAUUGCCCCCCCGCCUUCUUCCCUGUGGCUGCUGUGUGCUGUGAGCUUGAUGCAGACAAACGGCCUCCUUUCUCCAAACUAGAAGAGUGGCUGGAGAACCUGAAGAUGCACUUGGACAUUGGUCUACCCCUGGUGUCUGAACUGGACCAGUUGCACAAGGCCUUCUGGGUGAACCACAGCAUCACACGCCCUGAAAAUGGCCUGCACACCCACCCCGAACAGCCUGAGUAGGGCUAAACACGACUGGAUGAGUGGGAAAUGAGAGUUAACUCCUUAAGGGCAGCGAUGGCCUGCCUCCGGCAGUGCGGUGGCUGGAGGGGCCGUGUAGAUACUCCUCCAUGUAUGAAGCUGCGGGCGUAGCCUGGCUCAGGCUUAAUGAGUAGACUCAGGGGGAAAAUGUGGAUCUGAAAAGCCACCUGUGCGAGAUGCACACACACACACACACAUUUAAAGUCAAAUCAAGAGACAUUAACGAUAGCUUGAUUCUGCUGCACCCGAAGCUAAAGUGGAACAUGUCAUAUGCAAUCAGACCCAACUUUCAAAUCAUGACUCAACUCUUGAUUCAUGUAGAUUUAACCUUAGCGCUCAUUCCAUUCAAGAAUACUUACUGUACUUACUGUAGUGUGUAUAUUCAUAAAGUAGUCCAAAAAACAAGGCAUAAUGCAAACCUUCAGCCUCCUCACUUCGGGCCUCUACAGAGUACAUUGUGCAGUAUGUGUUAGCAGGUGUUUCUAUGUGAGUUUGGUUUGAUUUUGCUUUUGGUUUGGAUUUUCAAAACUGAACUUGCGACCUGCAAAGGAGAGGGGCUCCGUCUGUCGCUUAAGACACAAAGGUUGAGAUCAACUUGCUGUCCACUUGUACAAGUCAAACAAAACCUUUUAAAGCUUUAAAUAGCUCGCUGAAGAGUGCAUGACUGUAAAUAAUGCUGUCAGGUCAUAUCCUGGUUCGCCGUGUCCCUCUGACCUCAUUCGGUCAUAAACCACUAGACCUACAUGUGUCUGUGGCGUCGCCCCUCUCCCUCAUUUAUUGUGUAGCACUGACUUUACAUUGAGGUACACAUCUUUUGCAUACAUUUUGGUACAUUGUCUCCCGAUUUUAAGAGCUGUUAGCGUAUCUCAUUCAUAUUGAUGUGGCAUCUUAUACAUUAAAAUCACAUACCAGUGUACAUAGCUGGUGACACUGUAAAUGUUUUAAAUAUUGUAAAUGUACAGACAUAUUUUAUAUACGUACGCUACAUUGCCAUAUUUUUAUUGGCCGACCAGUUGAAAUUAAGGAGAGCUUAAGAUUGACUGCAGUUAAAAGGGCACAGCAGAAAGCUUUAUUGUUUUGUUUAUUUUCUGCAUUGUCACCACUGUGGCAAGUUUCAGGCUUUUAGCAUUUAAGAUAAGAGGAAUCUUAUCACCAAAAAAUAUCUCCUACCCUCAGUCCAAGCCCAGUAAAUGUUACAGUUGUCAUUCCCCUUCAUCCAAAAAGUAUUUCUCAAGCAUUUGAUUGGUCAUCUUGGAGUGUUCAUGUACCCACAGAGGUGUGCUGGAGUAGAUGUUGUUAUAAUUCUGGAUCAUGUAAUCACAUCCAAGUUGCUGAACUAGAUCUGCAUAUUAUGAUCAACUCUAAUUAUGUGUGAAUUUUGAGGGCAAUCAAUCUGUUGUUAAUUAUUCACUCUUGUCUCAUGUACUGUACAGUAGUUCAGGUGUGGGAAUAACAUCACCAGGUACUGCCUCAUCAUGUCAGCUGUCUGUCCACAUACGCGUCUCUCCUCUGGUGGAUGACCCACUGUUUGUUUACAUGUAAAUGCUAGCUGUAAAUACUACUGUAUGUAUGCGUCUGUCCUUACUUCUGUCUGCGUGCAUUGCAUAGAUAUGCGCACUCCUCAGAAAAUAAUCUCUUCCACUGUCAAAUUUCUCUCUUUGCACCUUCUACACACAUUUUCUGUCUAGACUGAAAAUCUUCUUUUUUUUAAUUUCCUGCUGUUGUUUUCACGAGCUGCAUGAUGUACUAGCUAGGUCUGUUCAGCUUCUACACUGAGCUGUUUUUGUCUCUAAACUAUGUAAUUUUAAAUAAGAAAACAAAGAAUGACAGACAGAAAUAGUCAACAGAGAAAGAAGGUUAAAAAUGAAAUGAGAAAAAAAAACACAGCAUCUGUUUUUUUAUAUAUAUAACCACUGAAAUCUUUUUGUAUAGAUUUGAGUACUUUAAUUUGCACUAUAUUACCAAAUGGCUGGUUGAAGCCAUGUUUGUUAAUUUCCUCUCUUGGGCUAACUUGUGAUAAGGAAAUAAAUUAUGUUGGUUCAGGUUGAUAUAUGAAUGCAAGACACUGAUAGAGCCUUUCAACUGUAAAAAAAAACAAAUGGGAUCUGGGCAAUUCAUCCUCUUGAUAGCAAACUGGACCAUGUGAGGAAUAAUUUCUGAUUAUUUGAUGCAUUUUGAUGCAACUUUUAAAUACAGUUGUGGCAGGAGCCUUAAUGAUCUUAUUGUAGGUAAAGUCAAUAAAAAUAAUGAUUAUAUUUGUAUUUUCAAACCAAAAUUUAAAUACCGCCAUGUCCACUUGGAGAGUUUUCUGGUCUUUGCUACCAAAGAGGAUGUGAUGUCCCAGUUCUGCCUGCUGCCUACAGACUGGUCAUUUGUGAAUGAUGUCCUGUGUUGUUUCUGCUUGGAUUCAUAUGUGAUGCCCACAGAGGCUGCAACCAUUGCUGGUCUCUCCAAUAAUAGAGCACUUAAAAACUGGCCUGUCUCACCUUUCACCUCCUCGUCAUACUCUUUUGGCUCAGGGCCGUACUUUUCUGGAGCUUACUUUCACAAUUCAGUUAAUUCAGCAGCUUAAUAGGAGAAAGCAGCACUCAACAGUAACAGUGAGACACAAAGAGCAUGUAACCAGUGUCAAUGUAUAGGCUGAUAAAACAAAAUAUGCUUCUGUAAAACAAGCCCCUCCUGGUUGAUGUGUUCGUCCGUGGGCAUGCACUGUACAUGAGUGGCUUCUGCCAUGUUUCUGUCUCCAUUCCUGUCUGAGCCAUGUCGAGCAUGUUAGGUGUGUCUGUGAGGGCGUGUUGAUGAUCAAUGAGAAUGUUGCCGCAGCACUUCUUUGCAAAGGAUCGUUACCUCUGAACAAUGCUGUGCCUUUGUUGUAAGCUAGCCUUGCCAACGACUCGAAAAACGUGAACUGAUUUCCUUUUUUUAAUGUAUCAUAAGUGCAAGCCUGAUUCAAGUGGAUUGAAUAUCAUUGCUGAUACUAAGUUGUAUGAGAUUUCAUCUUGUUCUGUAUAUUUAUAUUUUCCAGAUCUCCAUUGUCAGUUUUGAUAUUUUAAUAUUAUAUUUCUUUUUUUUUUUUUUUUUGUCCUAUUUAAUUUUGUACACAAGCUGUGAAAACAAUUCUGCACUUUAAUCCUGAACGUGAACAUUUAGACUCUGAGGAGGCGACUGUUUUUUUUUUCCUUUAGUCACAGCUAAAAAUAAAACUGUUGCUUCUAA